AUGCGUCUGCGAAUGCUGUGGAUGAUCCUAUACAACGCUCGUACGCUGCCACGUUAUUUACUGGUGGUAUUGGGAGCUUGGAAGGUCAACACUAUCUCCGACAUGAUCAACUUUUCGGUACGGGAGUUCAACGAGCUUUGGCUUUCCGAAGGAGGGGCGUGGGAGAGCAACGCGAGGCUCUUUCGUCUAGCCGCAACGACGUUUACGAACGUUGCGACCAAUUUCAUCAAGAAGCUGCCACCCAAGUUGUACGUCGACCAAGUCGAAGAGCGUUGCGACCAAGUACCAUAA